ACAGAAAAAUAAGAGGCAAGUGCAAAACGCGGCGGCAAGAAGCAAGCACAGCAGCGGCGACCUGGCACGCCGUUCGCCACCGCCCUUAAUUUGGCAAAUCAUAACGUAAUUGUCAAACGGGGUCUGCCCUUUUUCUGUGGCUGCAAUCAAAUCCCCUGGUCGGAGGCCAUGAGUGCCUUUUAGCGGAGGAAACCACCCGUCGCUGCGUUGUUUGGUGGCUUCGAUCACUGCACCGCCCACAGCUUCGUCCCCGUCGUCGCCGUCCGCCCCCACCACCGCCACCACCCACCGGAAGAAAAGAGAGGUUAAGAAAAAACACAGAAAAGGAGAAAAUUUGACGAGGAGCGCGGCAUCGUCGCCGCGGUUUGAGAGGGCGAGGUGCCGCCAGCGCCUUCCGCCGGUAGGACUCGCGCGCACCCGUGCCCCGCGCGUAGCCGCCGGAGCUCGCCGGCGUUGGCGGCCGCCGCAGUGGGCGGAUCACGCCGGUGUGGCCGGCUCGGGGUCGAGUUCUUCCCGUUUCCCCUGGGACCAGGGGAGGGUAUACAAUGUGUGCUCUUGAUGAUUUGUCACAGCGAUCCCCUUCUCUUGGUUAUUAGCGAAAGCCGACGUUGCAGGGGACUACAUCACAAGCAGCAACUCGCUGGUUGUCUCUCAGGAGACGAAUCAUUCAGAACUGGGACAGUUACAAUUUGAUAAAAUUGUCAUUACAGAGUCAAGGGAAUGCGCAUUGUCCGUGUCUCGCCUUCAAGCCUUUGCUCCUGCUCAGGGAAAAGCCUUUUGCACAGCAAUCCUUCCUUUUUGUUCUGUGAUGAAUGAAUAACCAGGUUGUCUAUUAAGAAUUUAAGAUCUGACCAAAGUUCUAGUUCUGAGUAGGUUUGACUCUGAGAACCUUUCGGAUGUCUCAACUACAGUUUUGCCACUGAAAGGUGCUGCUAUGGAUCCUACAAAUUUGUUGCAUCUGAGGACUGUCCCAUCUGAGAAUGGACUCAAACCGGUUGAAAAUUCAAGCGACAAUCUACAGGAUAUGGCUUGUGAGAGCCCCCUUGCUGGAAAAAUCAAGUUCAUGUGCAGCUUUGGUGGGAAAAUCUUGCCUAGGCCAAGUGAUGGGAAGCUCAGGUAUGUCGGUGGGGAGACACGUCUCAUCUCGAUAACUAGGAACUUCUCGUGGAAUGAACUAGUGCAGAAAACUCUCACAAUCUACAGUCAGCCUCAUAUCAUCAAGUAUCAACUUCCUGAUGAGGAUCUGGACGCACUCAUUUCUCUUUCGUGUGAUGAGGAUUUCCAGAAUAUGAUGGAAGAAUACUGCAGUCUUGAAAAGGCCAAUGGCUCCAUUAGACUAAGGAUAUUUCUUGUCUCCCUCAAUGAAUGUGAAGAUUUGCCAUUGGACACAAAGAGCUUGGAGAGUGAACCAGAGUAUCAUUUUGUUGUUGCUGUGAACAAUCUUGCACAUUUGAGCCGGAGCAUUAGUGGCAACAAUUUAAUGAGCCAAUCGAACCAUCAAUUGGAUCCUUCUCCAAACCCCUUUAGAGACUCACCUGUCUGCCAAAUCAAUACAGAAGUUGGAGCCAAAGAUUCUAUUGGAGCAACUCCUAAUGAUCCUUCCUCUCAGUUUUUCCUUGCUCCAUACACACAACAAUUGGUGGCCGAGUCGUCAACAACUUCAUCCCCAAGUUUAGGUCAGCAGAGGACCAUGAAACAGUCUAGGAUGCAACCCCCUGCAGAUGAAUUGACAACAAAUCAAGAACAUGUGAAUAGAAGUGAAAUCUGCAAUGGCCCAAAUUUGAAUACCAUGCUUCCCGACCAUCUAGAUAAGAAGCAAAAUGAUACAAACAAGGGUAUUGGAACUGGAUCUCCCAUGCAACAUCUUCACAUUCAAAGGCAGGUAAAAGGUUUGGCUGGAAAUGGUAUUGACUUGGUUCCACGUACCAACUAUGAUGUUUCUACUCCAGCGGAAGCACCCUUCUAUUCUGAAAAGGUCACCAUGCAUCCAGAAAAUGCAGGAUGGGCAUCUGGGCUGCAGGAACACAGAGGCCAAAUUCUAGGCAUGCCUCAUGCCUUCUCCGAUCCUUUGCUAAACAAUCGCAAUGACUUACCUGCAUCGAAUUUGUCAUUACCUGCUGGUUCCUACAUGACCCAAUCAUUUUCCCAGAAAAUAUGUCAAACUAAUGAGUUGGAGAGAGCAAUAAGUAGGACUGGGCCAGCUUUUGAAUGUGUUAAAGCCCCUGACAUUGCCUGUACAGAUGAAUCAAAUUACCUUGUUUCUAAUCAUUUUGACCAACAGUAUAAUCAAGGAAUUAUUGGCCCAGCCAGUUCACAACCACCAGUAUAUUACCAAGAUGAAAGUUUGUCUACUAAUGUGACACAAAAAUGUCAUGGUGGUGAUCCUGUAGUGCAACGGCAGGAUAAUUUUUUUCAUCAGGAUAAAAGCGCAGGUCCCAAUGUUGCUCCCUGGGGCAAUUUUGUUGAUACAGGGUUAAUUUACAACGCACAUGGUGCAAAGUUGUCCUCAGAUGAGUUAGAUGCUCUAGAAAGUUCAGUUCCAAAGCCGAUGCAUGCUACUGAUCAUUCCCUUUCAUAUCUCCUUAAUGUAUCCCAAGGAGACAAUUCAGAAAGUGGAUCGCAUGUAGAGAAACUGAAUUCAGGGCCUGUUACUAAAGAUUAUGGAACUACUGGUUAUGUGCAUGGAACUGAUAAAGUUGCUCCAGAGCCUCACAUUUUGUUGCCUAUAAAGUCUUCUGAAGCUUUUGUCACACAAAGAUCAAUGGGCAAUGGAGAACCUGGUGUAUAUCAGAAUGAUAAUUUGCGCAAGUCAUCAGUGCAUAGCCCUGGCUUGGCUACCUCUCUACAUACUGGGCUGAUUGAUACUGAUCUGAAUAUGAACUUGCACGGUAAUGGUGGCCUCUCUCUGUCUUCGCUUCAUAUUCCAGUUGUGGAUGGUGUUUCUAGGAGAGAGGAUCCCCUUCGUGAUUGGGGCAAUAUCUCCUGCAGUAAAGGAAUAAUUGGAUUUGACCAUACCACCACCAAUAAUGAACACAUAAAGCUAGCACACAGGCUGCACGAUAAUGUUCAAAUGAAUGUACCUGUCAUAGUUGAGGACGUGACUGAUAAUGUGCCUUCAGGCAUUCCAUCAUCGAGACCAGUUGUUCCUCAGGUUGUAAUGGCAGCUGAAGAACAGCAAGAGGUGAUUCUUUCAUCACAGAAGGAUGAUGAUACUAGGAGUGACGGGCCAGAGUUAGCUAAUGAGGAUCAUGAUGAUGGCGUUGCUGAUGGGUCCAUUAGUGAUGCUGUAGUUGCUGAACUUGAAGCCAGCAUGCAUGGAUUACAGAUCAUAAAAAAUGGUGACCUCGAGGAGCUACGUGAACUGGGAUCUGGGACAUUUGGAACUGUAUACUAUGGAAAGUGGCGAGGAACUGAUGUUGCUAUCAAGCGCAUUAAAAAAAGUUGUUUUGCUGGAAGAUCAUCUGAACAAGAGAAACUUACCAAUGACUUUUGGAGGGAAGCAAAGAUUCUUUCAAAGUUACAUCAUCCAAAUGUUGUCGCUUUCUAUGGUGUGGUUCCUGAUGGAACUGGAGGAACACUGGCAACCGUGACUGAAUUCAUGGUGAAUGGCUCACUGAGAAAUGUUCUUUUAAGGAAAGACAGAAUGCUUGAUCGUCGGAGAAAACUUACCAUUGCUAUGGAUGCGGCGUUUGGGAUGGAAUACUUGCACUCCAAAAGCAUAGUGCAUUUUGAUUUGAAAUGCGACAAUUUACUUGUUAAUUUGAGAGAUCCUCAGAGGCCAAUUUGCAAGGUUGGAGACUUUGGGUUGUCAAGAAUCAAGCGCAACACUUUGGUUUCUGGUGGUGUUCGCGGCACUCUUCCAUGGAUGGCACCAGAGCUACUGAAUGGUAGCAGCAGCAAAGUCUCUGAGAAGGUGGAUGUAUUCUCUUUUGGGAUAGUUUUGUGGGAGAUCUUGACUGGUGAGGAACCGUAUGCAAAUAUGCAUUGUGGCGCUAUCAUAGGCGGUAUUGUCAGUAACACUCUCCGGCCUCCAAUCCCUGAAAAGUGUGACCCUGAUUGGCGAAAGCUGAUGGAGCAAUGUUGGUCGGCCAACCCUGAUGCUCGCCCCUCAUUCACCGAGGUCACUGACAGGUUACGAGCCAUGCCACCAGUGCUUCAGUCAAGAGGACAGGCUCCAGCGAACAGAUAAAAGUGUUAUAACAUCAGCCAGCAGAUUAUUUAACUGCAGUGGGCUGGAUGAACAAUCAGAUUCUGCACUGACCCGCGAGGCUCUUAUGUGUGCAUAGAGUAUAUAUAUAUACAUGUACUUACUAUUGGUCAUGGUGUGUAUUCUAUCCUGACGUAAAUAUGCUUUUUGACCCCAUGUUGAGGGUUUCUGAUGUAAUUACAUGUAUCUGAGUGAAAAAAGUAGCGCAGGCGGGUUGUGGUGGCCUCUCGUUAACAAUUUUGUGUGUAUAGGUUGUGAGGGUCUACCAGAUAGAUGUGUGGACUACUCAAGCUUUUUGGGGGCCAUGGGUUGUAAAAAUAUGAGCUUGAAACUUGUAAUUAUGUGUAACAGAUGGAUUGUUGACUUAUACUGGUUGGCAUGCCACCUUUGGAACUUUGAAAUUGAGAAAUAUACAUGGAACGUUUUGCUGAACA